AUGUCUCCAUCACAACAACCUACUGUAAAAAUAUGGUGGAGUAACGCCACAUUCUUUGUUUCUACUCACAUUGCUGCAGUCAUCUGCGUCUACCUGAGACCUCCUACGACAAUUCCUCGAGAGACCUUGCUCAUGGCAUUCCUCCUCUGGCAACUGGCUGAUUUUGGAAUCACCAUUGGUUAUCAUAGGCUUUGGUCACAUCGCACCUUCAGAGCCAAUUUGUAUGUGCGGGUAGUUUUGGCCGCUCUCGGGUCCAGUGCAUUCCAAGGGUCAAUCAAGUGGUGGUGUGUCCAUAUAAAAUUCGUAGUCAUCAUUUUGAUGAUAUUAAUGUAUUUCAGGUGCCUCCGACAUCGACUGCAUCAUCGCUUCACGGAUGAUCUUCAGCACGACCCAUACGCAGCCACUCGUGGCUUGUUCUAUUCUCACAUGGGCUGGAUCUUCUUCAAGCCUGUGUAUGAGCGUGUCAAGUUAGUCGAUCGCGAAGAUCUAGACCGGGACCCUGUUGUGAGGUUUCAGCACGAACACUAUGUUCCUCUCGCAAUUGUUUUCGGGUACGCAGUUCCCGUAGGCCUUGGUUCUCUUUGGAGAGAUCCAGUCGGUGCCUUCAUAUACGGUGGCCUAGUUACCAGGCUGGCUGUCUGGCACUGUACUUUCCUCGUGAACUCGCUAGCCCACUGGGAUGGGCCACAACCAUACUCAGACGAAGAUACAUCCAGGGGCAAUAUAGUUUUAGCUAUUUUGACUGGCGGAGAGGGAAAUCACAAUUUCGUAUGUACUCAAAUACAUAAUCGCCACGCAUUCCCUCAUGACUAUCGUUCUGGCCCUUCUCGACUGGAUUGGGAUCCUUCGAAAUGGAUCAUUGCUGCUCUUCACUUUUUAGGACUCAUACAGAGCGUUCGACGAGCCAGACCGGAAGACAUCAACGAAGCUAGAUUCUACAUGCACCACAAGAAUCAUGGAAUCAUGGACAGUGGCAGUGACAACGACUGGUCUGGGGAGGAGUGGAAUUGCGAGCAAGCCAGGACAUACAUCACUGGACGACCAGGCGCUUGCUUACUCGUCAUCGAUGGAUUCCUCGUCGACGUGUCAGUAUAUCUUGGAGAACACCCAGGUGGAGCAGCGUUGCUUCGAGACUACUCAAGAAUAAGCCUAGGUGACGACGGGAAGGAGACAUGGAGAGAUUCUUCGUGGGCUUUUGGAGGCGGGCUAAACAACCACGGACGCGCGGCGAAGCGCAAGAUGGGCGAGUUACGAGUCGCAAAAAUUAGCGACAACUUCUAUUGUGCAAUUAGAACUUAG